UAAUGUAGGUAUGUUAAUAGGAUCCUUAAAAACGUUAAAGCAUGAUAUAAUCAAAAUUAAACAUACGUCUUAAAAGCUGUCCCCAAGACAACUCAUGCACUAAUUCGAACUUCGCCGUCGAAAACGAAGAAGAGCAGACCUGCUCUGUGAUUGGCCGGCUAAUUUCCGGACGUGACGUUAACAAGUAGCACGCCGAGUUUGAGCGCGCUUGUUCAUUGGGAAAGCUUUAGUGAAUAAAAGAAACAAUAACCAUGAAGAUUUAUUUUUGUGGAAGUAUCCGUGGCGGGAGAGAUGACGUGCAACUUUACCAGAAAGUGGUCCAAAAACUUCAGAAGUUCGGAACCGUCCUCACCGAACACGUGAGCAGCGACACGCUCACGGACAAAGGAGAGGGGUCGUUAGGAGACCGAAUCAUUCACGACCGGGACCUGGACUGGCUCCGUCAAGCUGAUGCUGUCGUUGCCGAGGUGACGCAGCCGUCGCUGGGCGUGGGCUACGAGCUUGGCCACGCCUACGUGAUGAGGAAGAGGAUUCUGUGUCUCUUCAGGCCUUCAUCAGGACGUACGUUGUCGGCCAUGAUCCGAGGGGCGGCAGAUGGCGAGCUGAUGAUGGUGCGAGACUAUAGUGAGGAGCACCUGGACCAUGUUCUGGAUCAGAUUCUGGACGAGUUCUUCAAAACAAAGCCAGCCGAGCCUCUCUGAAUUGUACUUCCUGUCUUUUAUUUUGAAGGUCAUCUCCCCCUCAUAUAAGAGGACCUGUGACUUCCUGGCCACCUUCACAAUAAACACAUUUGAUAAAGUGAAGCAUCAAACGUGGUCAUGUGACCAGUUAGGGUAGCAAGACACCACAAGUCUUAACAUUUUUAAUUUGAAAAUAUACAUCAGCUUACAAAUUGAGAAAAUAAAAGCAUUCAUUCAUCAUUUGAAGCACUUUUGUCAAACAGAAGUAAAGGAAAUGAAAUUACGGGAACGUUUGAGUCGGGACGCUUGCAGUGCAAAGGUCAGCGACGGUGAGAGCACCUGUUGGCGAGGAGGCGGAGUUACAUUAAAGUUCCUGUCCGUCACUUUGCAGAGCGGCCAUGUUGUCACAUGUUUGCUUAGUAAACACAACAAGCUAGCACAGAUUGUGAAAAGCACGUCAACUAAUAAAUAAAAUACU